AUGACGAGCGCUACCUUCCAGGACCCUCAAGUCUUCUUCCAAGACUUCCAGCCCAUUACUUGCGAACCUGUAAACAUUACAUGGGAUUUUUCCGGUGCAAAUAACCCAAUCGAUUUAACUGUCACCAACAAUGAUGUCGCACAAGACACCCCUCCACCAUCGUUAACGUCUUCACACACGAGACGGCCUAACACAUUCACCAACGAUCGGCGUGCGGUACCCACCGGAGUCAACGAUCCAAUCCUUUCUGUAACGACUGAGAUUGCAUCAGGAAUCGAUCCCACACUGGAAACAUACACAUGGCCGUUAGUCAACAUCCCUCAGGGAUGGUACGUCUUCUCAGCAAGCAUGCCGGGAUAUGGUGGUGGUUACACCACUACAUCGAACCCUAUAUUUGUUCACAAGGGCGAAGAUACUUCAUGUUUGUCAACUACAAGUAGUUCAUCUUCCUCAAGUGCGUCUUCUACUGGAAGCAGCACUACAACCAAUCCGCCAUCUACGUCUAACACUGCCCUUCCAAUUAUCGGCGCGUCAUCACACACGAGUGUGGGAACCAUCGUUGGUGUCAGUGUCGCUGCUAUAGCUCUCAUUGGAAUGGUGAUCACGGCCUGGUUAUGCCUUCUCCGCAGAGGGAGAAAGAGCAGUGUUCUAGGAGAUGGUCAGGCCUCCAGUGGCCGUUGGAAUGGGUUGAGCUCAGUUGACUCCAGGGUGCUGACAAAUAGUGGAAGACCUUUGUCCCGCCAUCAAGGGCGUGGUGGCACCGUAGGAUCCAUUCCAGGAGAAUCAGAAGAUGCUAUUGGAGCCGAGAAGAAUUCGGUGUACUCGAAGAACCCUUUCGAAAGUUCUGGGGUAGCCCUCUCAACAUUGCCUGUCUUACAACAGCAACCGACGACGAGGAACAAGGUUGCAUCCAGAACCUAUUCUGCUUCAUCUUCCAGUUCCAACGUAUUCUCUACAAAUGAAUAUGUCACGGCUCCUCCGGGCAGAAGACCUUCUAUCCAAGAUUCCAUAGGAAGACAAUCACUCGAUUCCUCAAACACGUAUCCCCCUACAUCACCCAUUUCACCUCAUGCGCGAAGUUCCAGUCAAUUCAUGCCAUCGUCAAGUCUUUCGCGGUCGCAGUCGAUCACAUCGAAUACACAUCAGACGUCUCCAUCUCAAUCAACGUCGUCUCAUGUCCUCAUGUAUCAGCAACCAUCUUCGCCAUUGGAUCCCAGCAGUCCAGUUAGCCCAAGUAACGAUGCGAACAAGCAAGCCAGGAGACAAUCAUUUGGCGGCAAAAAGCGCAAACCUGUUCCUGCUUAUGACCCCAGUCAAGACCCCCUUUCACCGUCCCUUGCUCCAUCACCCAUACCCCCUCCUUCGCCCAGCCCGGAUCACCUCAUGAAUUCGACGAACGCCGGAGGCCAUUAUACUACACGUAACCAUGCAGGUCGCGACUUCAGUCAACCUCAGCUGGUUCACAAAAGUAGUUUUGGUCCUGGUGGUGUGGAAGGAAAACCUCUGCACUAUCUCAUUCCUGACAUGCCCAUGCCAGUCAAGGAUUGA